UCCUGUUCUACCUGUGGCCCGUUGUUCUUUGACUUCUUUUUCUCUUUGGCUUUUCCUUUUUGCUCUUUUUUCUUUUUAUUCUCUCUUCCCUCUCUCUCUCAUUAAUUAUUAUUACCGAGAGAGGUAAACUGUCGGUGGAGUGCGAGCAUCCUAUGAUUCUAUUGAUCCAUGAAGAAGAAAGUCUCUCUUCAUUUGUGGUAUUAUAAGUCGUUGUUUUCUUCUCCCUUGACUUCCACAGUAAGGCAUGGUGGAAACAGUUCUUGGAGCACCACUGUUUUAGCAUUUUGGUCUCUCUCUUAAUUGCCCAGUGACCCGAAAUCAUGGACCACAAGGCUUGGCUUUGGAGGAAAAAAUCUUCAGAGAAGACAAUUCUUGCAACUAACAAAGUUGCCACUCCUUUGGGAAGAAUUGAAGAAGAGGUACAGACAUUUUCAUAUCCAGCUGAGAAAGGAAGCGAAACAGAGAGAUCGAGGAAAAAUCUAAAUGAGAAGUUAGCUUCAGUUCUCCUAGACCGCACUGUAAAAGAAGAUCCCGUUCCAGAACAUGCAAAACCGGAAGAAGAAGCUAUAGCAGGUGAUUGUGGUGAGAAGGCAGGAGAGUCGGUUUUAAAGCAAGAAUUAGAGGAACCUUUGAGGCAGGGAGUAUCCACAAAUGAAAGAUCAACUCAUUCAGAUGAUGCAUUGAACGAAUGCAUGCAGCAGCUAAAGUUUGUUCGAGAAGAACAGGAGCAAAGAAUACAUGAAGCAGUUAUGAUGACAUCAAGAGAGUAUGAGAAGGCACAGAAAAAGUUAGAAGAGAAGUUGAGAGAGACAAGUGAACAGCUUACACACUUGGUUGCUGAAAAUACUAAUUUGAACAGAGCCCUUCGAGCAAAAGACAAAUUGAUCGAAGAUUUGAAUAGACACAAGUCUCAAACCGAUGCAGAAUUCAGUGCCCUAAUGGCUAGACUGGAUUCCACAGAAAAGGAAAAUGCUUUUCUAAGAUAUGAAUUUCACAUGCUUGAGAAGGAACUUGAGAUCCGAAGUGAGGAGAUGGAAUACAACCGUCGGUCAGCUGCAGAAUCCCAUAAACAACAUUUGGAGAGUGUGAGGAUAAUCGCAAAGUUAGAACAAGAAUGUCAGAGACUUCAUCUCCUUAUGCGAAAGCGGCUGCCAGGUCCUACUGCUUUGGUGAAUAUGAAGAGUGAGGUUCAAAUGCUGGGAAGGGAUCAGACUGAGAUGAGAAGAAGAAAGCAGAAUCAUACAAGAGAUAUGGUUGCAAAAGAUGCCAACAUGGGAAAUUCUCCUGAAAUUUCAAAUAAGAAGAUGAGUCUCGUGAUUGAGCAAUUACGAGAUUUGGAAGAAGAAAACAAAACUCUGAGAGAAAUUUUAACAAAAAAAAAUGCCGAACUCCUUUCUUCAAGGACCACAUAUUCUCGAACAGCUUCCAGAUUGUCACAGGCUGAGACUCAGCUUGGAGAGCUUUCUAAAUUCCAUAAAUCUAUGGAGCUGGUACCAUGUAAUGACAUUUCUCGAUAUUCAAGGUUUGACAUUGGCAGUGAUGAUAGCUCGUCCGAAUCUUGGGCUAGUGCUCUAAUUUCAGAGUUGGAACAUUUUAAAAACGACAGACUUAAAAGUCCACAGGAAUGUUCAGACAUUAGCUUAAUGGAUGAUUUUGUUGAGAUGGAGAAAUUGGCAAUAGUUUCUGCUGGUAAACCUCCUAACAAUGGGCAUCAACAUUGUUUUACCGGUAGGGAGCUUGUACCAGUUGAAGUCAGUUCCAACAGUGAUGAGAGAAAGCACGGCCUGUCAAAAGAUUCAAGGUCAGAGAAUUCUUUUGAUUGGCUUCAGGUCGUUUUAAAAGCAAUGUUGGAGCAAAAGAAUGUUUCGAAACGAAGUUUAGAUGAGCUAUUUGAGGACAUCAAAAUUGCCUUGGGUUACAUAAAUCCACCAACCGACAAUGGACCUCGUAGAAGUGCAGUCUCAAGGCCUCUUGCAGAAUCUGAUCCUGUAGAUUCUUUUGGUGGAGCUUUGAGUAUUGACACUUCAGUGGAAGAUAGUGGCAGCCAACGUUGUCAAGAUGCUUCAAGCAUGAGGAAUAAAAUCAAUAAGCAAUUUGGUUGGCCGGAAGACCGACGAGAUAAUGGAGUGAAGGGUGCAUCUGCGGAGCAGUUGUUGUGUCUGCCUUUAGUUGCUUCUUCAAAGGAAACAAAUGUUCCACUUCAAUUGAAUAUGGUGCAGGAUAAACUGCAAGAAGAAAACAGCAGAUUGAAAGAUGAACUAAAGAAUAUGGAAGCUAGCCUGCAGUCAGCAACCGAAAAGAAUGAAGCGUUGGUCAUACAACUUCAGGAAUCACAACAAAGAAUUGAAAUCUUAAAGACAGAAGUGGAGAGUCUGAAAGAAUCAGAGGGGGUGAUGGUAGACCAGAUCGAAAAUCAGAAGUCGAUUAAUGAAGAUCUUGAUACUCAACUGACUGUUGCCAAAGCAAAGUUGAAACAAGUCUUCCAGAAGUUUUCUUCUUUAGAAGUUGAAUUGGAGGAUAAACAUAACUGUUGUGAAGAUUUAGAAGCAACAUGUCUUGAGCUUCAGCUCCAGCUACAAAGUGCUGAGAAGGAGACUCUAACGCAUGGCAUAAACCAAGACGAAAAGCAAUCCCCUUCCGGAUGGGAAAUCACAACAGCUUCGGUGAAGCUGGCAGAGUGUCAAGAAACCAUCCUAAACCUAGGAAAACAGAUCAAGGCACUGACUACACCAAGGGAAGCACAACGUUUUGACAAGGUGUUCUCCACAACCAGCACUGCAGCCAAUGCCACCAGCAAUAACUUGAACAGGCGCUCUUCCCUGCUUGAUCAAAUGCUAGCUGAGGACAAUCCCAAGUCUCCAAAAGAUAAUGAGACAACAACGGAUGCAGAUCCGCAGAAACCAUCGCUUUUUCAGUCUGAUAGUCACAAUGCCUUGUCCACUCCUAUCGCUCUGGUACAUAUGCCGGAAGGGCAUCUAGGUUCAAGGGGUAAAGGUGGUAACAGCGCAGUUGGGAGUCUGGCUAUUGUGCCGAGUAAGAAACAAGGAGGUUUUGGUUUGCUAAGGAGGCUACUGCUGCGAAGAAAGAAAGGAAGCGCCAAGAAACCCCAAUCCUUGGCGAAAGUAUGAUUGCUCAAGAGCCAUCAUGCCUACUGAGGCAAAUAUGUGACUUUACUUAUGCUUUUCGGUUGUUUGACAACGCUUAGAGGGUUCCUGAGAGAUUUGGUUUUUUUUCUUGUGUAGGGUUAGUAAGAGAGUGAGAGAGAACUAUGACAUUGUAAGUAUGGUUGAUGUGUAUGUCUUUGUUUGUAAGUGUGAAAGCCUGUAAGAUUAUCACUAAUCUACCACCAUUCUUCAGUUAUGAAUUCAAUCUAAUCCUAAAGAUGCAUUAUAUAA